AUGGCUGGUAAAGAGGAAGUGAAACAGCUCGAAGAAUGCUCCGUUUCAAAUGCUUUGGGCACGUGGGUUUUCUCUGUAGCUGGAGCAUUAAUUGCAAUCCCUGUCGGGAUAAAACGCAAGUCUUUGGCCCCACUUGUUUUCUUUGGGACGACUGGCACUAUGCUCGACAUCAUCAUGGGAAUCACCGCGUGUGAGAGGGAACACGCAGAACGCCAAAUGAAGCUCUUGGAAUCACAAAAUGCUACUGGAUCUGAUGCAGGCAUUGAAUCUUGA